AUUUUUAUUGGUGUCCGUUUUCUAAUUCUUUCCAUAUCAGAGAGAAAAAACAAAAAAAAAAGAAAAAAAAAAAAGAAAAAAAAUUAAAAAGGAAGUUCUCAAACCCAGUCAGAUAAACACUGACUUUGAUCAUAGAAAGUGUUAGAUUGCGACGAAGCUUGCCACCGGAGACUUCAUAUUCCGGUCAAAUGGUAGCCAAAGACUCGCCGGACUGGCUUCCCGCCGGUUGGUCCGUCCAAUUCAGUCCGCUAAAGACUGGUCGCAGAGUUCAGAAUUUUGUAAAUAUGGAAACUGGGAAAAAGUUCUCUUCUAAGGAUGAUGUUCUCUACUAUAUUAAAAUGGUAAAUGCUGCUCAUCGAAAGCCUCUAUCUAUUAAUAGGCACAUUCAAAGACAUUCAGGAACAAAUCCUUUACAACGUGUAAAUGUAAAAGCUAAAAAACCAGAAUGGUUACCUAAGGGUUGGAAAAUGGAGAUGAAAACUCGAAAGAGUGGUGGCCAACGUGGACUUGAUUACAAGUGUUACAUUGAUCCAUUAAAUGGAUAUAAGUUCUAUUCCAAGCCAGAGGUAUUUCGAUAUCUCAGCACUGUAAAGCACAAGAAUCAUAUGUUCAAAAGGAAGAAGACUGGCAUCAGUGUGCACUCUGCAGAAAAAGUUGCAGCUGACAAGAAUAAAGUGGAGGAUUUAUCUCCCAAACAGAUAAAGGAGAUCAGAAUUACAAGAAGUUCGAACGAAAUUAACAAAAAUCUGCCAUCAUCUGAAGCUAAAAGGCAGAAAUUAGAGCACCCUGUAACCAGGAGACAGCAUUUCUCAGGUGAGAAAAGUUCUGGAAUGAGUGAUUUGGAACAAUUAGAAAUUGGAGUCUCAAAGAAGUCGUGUCUCAGAAGGGUCUCCACUGAAGCUGGAGUUGCUUCUGCCCGCACAGCUGAAAUUGUCCAAGAGAAGCAUUCAUUGGGAAAUGCAAUCCAUGACAGUUCUAAAACUAAGCAAAAUUGUGCUCUACAUGGAUCUCCACAGUCAAAAGUUAAAGGAACCAAGAGGAAUCAAGGUAAAAGGUCACUGCUUUCUGAGACUGAUGAACUCAAGAAAAGUCAAGGAAAAAGCUAUGUUGAAAAUGGGCUUGCUUCAACUCCUGCACCUGAUAUGCUGCAAGAAAAGAAUUUAAUUCAACCUUUGAUAGAUAAGCAGAGCUUUAGGAAACCUCAUAUGAAUACUGGUAGAGCUAAGAACAAGAAACACCUUAACUUGUCUCGAAGGUCUUCAAAACGGCUUGCUGGGAUUGAACCUGAUCAGGUGGUGAAAUUGGUGUCAGCUGAACGAGGCCCUAAAGUUACAAAAAGAAAAUCCGGUAAAAUUGGGGCCAUUCUAGAUGCUGGCUUGUCAUCAAACCGCAUGGUGGAUGGAGAAUCUACACAGCAUGAGCUUGGGCAGGAAACAGAACUUGCACACCAAGCUUUCUCUGGCAUAAACCAUGGAGUUUCAUCAAACAUGAGCACAAAACCUAGUGCAGACCAAGUCGCGCACGUGGAGCUAAAGCAAAACCUAGAAUCCGGGAAAGUAGAAAGUGAGAAGGCAGAAUCACAUAUUAGCUUUCUGUUUGGGUCAGAUCCAUGCCUUGAAUUUGCAUUCAAGACUCUUACAGGUGAGUUACCAGUGACAGAUGCUGCUGAUGGGUGGCCUAAUUUAUCUACUGCAGCUGGUAGACUGCAAGAUAACAAUUUGAAUGAGAGCGGGAUGAAAAAGAACAGUGAUGGAACAGGUUUCGUUCAACUGAAAAAAUCCAAGAAGAAGAAAGAUAUCACCUUGCCCAAACGGUCAUCAAAUCGACUUGCUGGACUUGAACCUGAAUUGGUGGCUGGCUCUCUUGCUGGUGAAGGAAAGCUUAAAAAUGCACCCAGAAAGUCUCAUCAAAAUGAAGCCCCACGAGCUGAUGAUUUGGCAGAUGAAACAAUCCAUCCGCUUGAACCUGUUCUGGAAACAAAGCUUGGGAAUGAUUUCUCUUCCAAUAUAGAAACUUCAAUGCAUUCAGAGCCAUCCAGAAAACAGAGUGACAAUGGUCAUAAGGUGGAGCUUUCAAAUCAUUUCUUUGCCUAUACAGACACCUUGGUGCAUGAACGCAAGCAGCUUGAUGCUGGUCCAGAAAUGGAGUUUCCAAACCUUAAUAUAAACAUGUCAAUGCAUGAAGAGCCAUCAAAUAAGCAGCCAUCCAGAAAACAGAGUGACAAUGGUCAUAAGGUGGAGCUUGCAAAUCAUUUCUUGGCCAAUACAGACACCUUGGUGCAUGAAGAGCUGUCAAGCAAGCAGCUUGAUGCUGGUCCAGAAACGGAGUUUCCAAACCUUAAUAUAAACAUGUCAAUGCAUGAAGAGCCAUCAAAUAAGCAGCCAUCCAGAAAACAGAGUGACAAUGGUCAUAAGGUGGAGCUUGCAACCUUGGUGCAUGAAGAGCCGUCAAGCAAGCAGUUUGAUGCUGGUCCAGAAACAGAGUUUCCAAACCUUAAUAUAAACAUGUCAAUGCAUGAAGAGCCAUCAAAUAAGCAGCCAUCCAGAAAACAGAGUAACAAUGGUCAUAAGGUGGAGCUUGCAAAUCAUUUCUUGGCCAAUACAGACACCCUGGUGCAUGAAGAGCCGUCAAACAAGAAGCUUGAUGCUGGUCCAGAAACGGAGUUUCCAAACCUUAAUAUAAACAUUUCAAUGCAUGAAGAGCCAUCAAAUGAGCAGCCAUCCAGUAAACAUAGUAACAAUGGUCAUAAGGUGGAGCUUACAAAUCAUUUCUUGGCCAAUACAGACACCUUGGUGCAUCAAGAGCUGUCAAACAAGCGGCUUGAUACUGGUCCAGAAACAGAGUUUCGGAACCUUAAUUUUUCAAUGCAUGAAGAGCCAUCAAAUAAGAAGCUUGAUGCUGGUCCAGAAAAAGAGUUCCCAAACCUUAAUACAAGCAAUUCAAUGAAUGAAGAGCCAUCAAUUAAUCCAAACCUUGAUACAAAUAUUUCAAUGCAUGAAGAGCCAUCAAAUGAGCAGCUUGAUGCUGGUCCAGAAACAGAGUUUCCAAACCUUAAUAGAAACACUUCAGUGCAUGAAGAGCCAUCAAAUAAGCAGCUUGAUAAUGGAAAAGAAGUAGAGCCGGCAAAUUAUUUGUCUAACUAUAGAGACCUUUCAACACAUGGAGAACCAUCAAAUGAAAGUGAGAAGUCUCCAGAUGAGCUAGUGGUUCCUGAGAAGCAUCCGAAAGUGCAAGGUCAUAUUCAAGAUGUUGAGAAGCCAGACCCACAGGUUGCCUUUUCACUUGGAGAUUGUUGGUCUGACCCAUGUCUAGAUUUUGCGUUCAAGACUCUUACAGGUGCAAUACCCAUAGAGGAUAAUUUGGUUCAGGGUUACUUCCAGGAACAACUUGAUACCUCUCACAGCCAAAGGAAUGGUAAUCUGGCAUUGCCAGAUUUUGGCUCACUUAGCUUUUUUCAAAGUGAUAUAUCAUCCCACUUUGAUUCACCAGAAAAAUCUGUGUCAGGCCAGCAGUUGUCUUCGAGUUCUUCAUUCCUGCCCGCAGGAAAUGCAAACUUGCCAAGUUGCAGUGGAAUUCAUUCUCAACAACAUUGCUUGGAGAGCGAUAAGGAUUUUCAUGGAAAGGUAAAAUCCUAGAACUAAAACCCCAUGAUGGUGCCUGGAUGUUUAUCAGUUGUACUUCUUCAAAUUUACCUGUAGUAUUAAAUAGCAUCCAAGUUAUACCUUGUGUAAAAGUUACUGUAUCUUGAUGCUCUGUAUCAUUUUGAUUGUUGAGACGAUGUCGCCCCGUUAAAUAUUGAUACUCAAAAGGAGUCUCAUAACUGUUGUAAGCUA